UCUCACCGCUAGGGGCUGCUGGGGAGGAGGCGCACAGGAGCAGAGAGAGGCGCGACGUGGAAACGCAGAAUGGCAUUCAAGCCUUUUAUAAUCCAGAGAGCAGCGAUCACAACAUCAGACUGUCUGAGGAUCUGAGGAGGAUCUGAGGAGGACAUGUAGCUGAGACUGUAUGAAGAGGAAGAAGAAGAGGAAGAAGAGGAAGAAGAGGAGAAGCCUUCGACAUGGAGGGAGGGUUAACUAUCACCCUGAUUUCUGUUGCGAUGUUUUUAGGAUGUUUGAUUCUUGGGUUCAUUCCUCUGCUGAUCAGACUCUCUGAGAGGAGCCUGCAGUUCGUCUCCAUCCUGGGGGCCGGGCUCCUGUGUGGGACAGCUCUGGCCAUCGUGAUCCCUGAAGGGGUCGGUCUGCUGGAGGAGUCCUGGAGCGCGUCCUCCUCUGAUGUUCCCUCCUCUCUGAACGUCUCUGAACAAAACAUCACCUCCACAGAGAGAGGCCCUCCGCCCCGCUUCGUCAUCGGGGUCGCUCUGACGUUCGGCUUCACCCUGAUGUUCGUGGUGGAUCAGAUCGGGAGUUACCUCUCCAUGCGGGACCAGUCGACUCAUUUACACAACAGACUGGGAAUCACGGCCACUCUGGGGCUGGUCAUUCACGCAGCAGCUGAUGGAUUCGCUCUGGGUGCAGCUGUAGCCACGGGUCAAGUGUCCGUGCAAGUGAUUGUGUUUUUUGCCGUGAUUCUUCACAAGGCACCUGCAGCGUUUGGUUUAGUCUCCUUCCUGAUGCACGCCGGCCUGGAGAAGAAGUACAUUCAGGGACAUUUACUGGCCUUCUCAGCUGCUGCACCGAUAGUCGCCAUCAGCACUUACUUCAUAUUACACGCAUCUGGCGGCUCCUCUCAGAACCAGCUCAGUGCGACGGGCGUGGGAAUGCUCUUCUCAGCCGGGACGUUUCUCUACGUUGCCACGGUGCACGUCCUCCCUGAGAUCAGCAGCAGCCCAGCAGGGCCGCCCUCCUCCGACCCCCAGCAGCCCUCAGGACCCGAGGCCCACCAGCACAGACACCUGGGGCUCCUGGAGAGCCUCACCCUCAUCCUCGGGGUCGGGCUCCCUGUGGUUCUGGCUCUCGGGUUGCAUGACGACUGAGAGAAAAACACGAGGGUGAUUAGAUUUAGGGCAAAGAGACUGAGCCGCCACGCCCCAAAGAACAACUGUGAACCGUACAGGGUUUCAAUCCUGCACGGCCUGACAAAGGAGCAAUCAAAAGCUGCAUCUCCACCUCAAGUGCCAAGAAUUAUUUCUCUCUAGGGAGACACUUUUAAAGACAUGAGAAAUAAGAUUCCUCCUGCAGAUUGUUGUCUGCUUUUCCACGGUUUGUCGUCUCAUGUGUGAAAGAGCCGCCACACCUGUUCCUCACGUCCACAGAGGUUACACCCUGAAUGUUCAAGCUUCAGGUCUCUGUUGUUUUAAGAACUAACAGACCACCUUGACUUGAGUAUUCAGUACUUUCCUCUUUGUGUUGAUGCUCUCUGUUUUUAAAUCUGAGCUCAGUUUGAUGCUUUAUAACAUUUCACCAGCACUAAGUGACUGAAUGUACUCCCCUGAUCUCAUCCCUCUGGUUUCUAUUCACAUAUUUUACAGCAACACUGACCCUGAACUAGAACUCUGACAAACCGUCUCCUUUACUGCUGAAAACCAAAGUUCAAAAGUUCAAAAGUUCAAAGUCUUCUUUAUUGUUAAAAACUGCAGUAUGCAGCAGACAUACAGAGGAUUCAUAUUAAGUUUCUCUCUCAGACCCUAACAACGACAACAACAGAUAAACACAGAGGAGAGCUAGAAAAAGAUAAGCUCAAAUUAAAAAGAGUGAGCUGAUAAAAAUAAUAAAUACAGUUUAAAACUGUGCAAAAACUUUACUACAGUUCAAUUUAAAAUCAAAGUGAGUGUGUGUGUGUCAGUCCUGAGGAUGACAGACCUCAGGGUUGAUUUUUGGGGGGGUCAGUGACUGGGUUAAGUCUGUGAAGGGGGCACUAUGGGAAGAAGGGGCAAAACAGAGAGAGAGUUCAGCAUCCUGACUGCCUGGUGGAUCAAACUGUCCCUCAGUCUGCUGGUUCUGUCGCUCUGAUCUUUGCUGUAAUUGAACAAAUAUUGAAUCAGCGUGGGAGACGGAGAGCAGAAGUUCAUCUCAGUUUACAGAUUUACAAAAACAGGCCCUCUAAAUAAAUUCAACUCAGACCAGUCCGAUAAUCCCCCAAAAUAGAAGCGUAUGUACUGAUUUAUUUAUUUGUAUUAAAUCCCAAAUUAUUAUUCAGGAGCAAAUUUUCUUUUGUGUCCAAACCAAAGAAAAGAGGACAAAACAUUCACCAUGAGACAAAAACUUCCUUAUUUACAGUUUUUAAAACUGAAACCUGAUCCCGUCUGAAACUGAUCUUAGCUACAAAACAAGACGGUCAAACCUUUUGCUGCACAGCUGAUUUUCUAAGAGCUUAAAGUUCUCAACCAAGCUCCAACCUGUAGCUAACACAGAAGUGCAGAAUUAAACUGCAGUACCCUGAGUGUCCACAUGAGGCUGGCUCCAAAAGCUAAGGAUGCCCCAUUAACACUCAUGUUAAAGUGUCCUUUUGUAGAGUCGACAGCCUGGUUCAAAACCAGCUCUGGUCUGAUAAAGCACAUUUCAUGAUUUUCACACACUAUGAACAGAGAAGAUGUUUUUAAUGAAGUACCUGUUUGUAAAAUAUUAAGUAUAGAGUGAUGCAUAGACUUGAAUAUGGGGGCGUGUCUGAGUUACCAGCCAGUCUCACAUCCUUUUUUACGACUGAGAGCUCGUAAGGUCGAGUCAGCAUUUCUAAUGAGGUGACUGCCAUCAAAACGCCUCAGAAAGCAGAGGGUGACACGGGACUUCCACCAGAUCCGUGUCCGGUCCAUCUCUGAUCCGCUGCGGUCUGGCUCCGUGCUCUCUUGUCCGUCAACACCCACCGGUUGUGUUUUCAGACUGCAGCACGGAGCAGGACCUCCGGACAGCUGGAGUCAUGUGACCAAGGUUUUCUCCUCCUCCUCCUCUCCUCAUCCAUGUUGUCUUUCUGGUCCUCUGAAAUCCGGCACAAAUAGAAGUCUUGUGUCUCUGAUCCGGAGGACUCCGACCUGCCGGAUCAGAGACGCAGCUGGAACACAAUGGAGUGGAUCCAGUGGAAGUUAACACAUUGACUAGAAUAGAAACCUAUCAGAUCUGGUGCUGUGAUGGACCGGAGACUGACCAGACCGGAUCUGGUGGAACUUGGCCGUGAUGUGACUGAGACUGAGUCCAUGUUUAUACGGUCUAUGUCCCCCUUCAGAGGCUGCAUCCUGUAAAAGGUGCAUCUGAAGACUGAUUGGAUCACAGUGGCGUGUUUCAGGCUACUUCAAAUGCAGCCAACAAAUCCGUGCUGCGAAGGAUUCAUCCUUAUCCCGGGAUGCCUGCUUGUCAGUUUGAUUGCACACUCUUAAUCAUCUGAGUAAAACACUGUGGAGUAUUAGUACUUAGUAAUAGCAGAUGAUGCAAAUGUUGAAAAUGAUAAGUGACUUCAAACUUGUGGUGCAAAUGCAUUAAAAUACACAAAAUAACUUCUGUGAGUUUUCAGGAGGGUGGAAAGUAUCCAUGACUUCACUCUGAGUCUGGUCCCUGCUGGGUAAAGGAGCCUUGAGGAGACCUUGACCGGCUGUGUCCUGGUUUCAGAACAUUUUGAGGACAGAUUUUGUUUGUGUAUCAAAGAAAGUCUGCAAAGGAGAGAACCCAAUCUGUAACUCUUUGUUCGGUGGGAUGAUGCUUUUUCAAGAGCUGACAAAAGAAAGGCGCCGUUUGUUGCCAAGUUUGAAUUUGAUAAUCCCUCUUUUUAGUUCCUGAUCUGGUCUGGGAUGUCUGAAAGUCGUCCAAACAAUCACACAAUGAUGUGUUUCAUUUUGAGAUUAUUUCCUCUCAGUUUGUUUGAACAGUCGGUAAAACAAGUCCAACAACCCUCUGCAUAUUAACCAGCAUGCACCACGUGUGUGUGUGUUCACCUGUGAGAGGGGAUGUGAGUCACACACACAGGUGACAGCACGGCUCAGGACCGGGAUCUUCUCUCCACACACACACCUCUCUGAUUUAAUGUCAUCCUAGUGACUCCUGCUGUUUCUUUUUCACUUCCCUCUGCUAAGCGUUUGCAGAAGUCUGCACGAGAUAAUAAAAACAUGUUGGCUCUUG